AGUGACAGCUGGAUUUCCAGAAAAAUAGAAGUUGGCAAAUUUUGUGUCAUUAUCAAGUCCUUAUCUUGUUUUUGGAUAAGAAUCUGAAUCUUCGAAUUAUUGAAUUAGUCUUCGAAGGUUUUAUAUGUGCAAUAAAACAAGUCGCGAAGUGUGCUGAUACUUUGUUAUCGAAAUAAUAGUGCCGGCGUCACCAUGUCGGACGAGAGUCAUCCAAAAACACUUUAUGUAGGUAAUCUGGACGUGUCAGUGUCAGAGGACCUGUUAUGUACCUUGUUUUCACAAAUAGGCCUAGUGAAAGGAUGUAAAAUAAUUAGGGAGCCCGGAAAUGAUCCAUAUGCUUUUAUCGAAUUUACUAAUCAUCAGUCUGCAUCAACUGCUUUAGCAGCAAUGAAUAAACGACUAUUUCUAGAUAAGGAAAUGAAGGUAAAUUGGGCAACUAGUCCAGGGAAUCAACCCAAACAAGAUACAUCUAAUCAUCAUCACAUCUUUGUUGGUGACUUAUCUCCUGAAAUUGAGACUGAAACACUCAGAGAGGCCUUUGCUCCCUUUGGAGAAAUUUCAAACUGCAGAAUAGUACGAGAUCCUCAAACACUUAAAUCUAAAGGGUAUGCUUUUGUAUCUUUUGUUAAAAAAGCUGAAGCAGAAAAUGCCAUACAAGCUAUGAAUGGUCAGUGGCUUGGAUCAAGAUCCAUUCGUACUAAUUGGUCAACUAGAAAGCCACCACCACCAAGAACAGAAAAACCUGCUCAGAGGCAGAAACAACCUCAAUUUGAAGAGAUCUACAAUCAAACUUCUCCAACUAACACAACAGUAUAUUGUGGAGGUUUUGCAAGUGGUCUCACUGACGAUUUAGUUCACACAACUUUUUCACCAUUUGGUACAAUUCAAGAUAUUAGAGUGUUCAAAGAUAAAGGGUAUGCUUUUAUAAAAUUUCUAACAAAAGAAAGUGCAACUCAUGCUAUUGAAAAUAUUCAUAAUUCAGAAAUUAAUGGUGCAACUGUUAAGUGCUUCUGGGGCAAGGAAAAUGGAGGUUUUGGCCCAGAUCCAUCAAUGCAGUCAGGAGCUGUGCCUCAAUCUUCAGCCCCUCCAUAUUCUUAUGGAUAUGGCAGUUAUUGGUAUCCACAAGGCUAUACUGGAGGUGGUUACAUGCAAGGAUACCAGUCCUACCAGCAAUAUCAACAAUAUCCAGGUGGUCAGCAAUACUGUGUUAUGCCACAACAGGGACAGUGGUCAGGUCAGCCAGGACAACAGCCAAAUGUACCCGUUAUGUAUGGUCAAAAGUAUCCAUCUCAGUGAAAUAUUCCAUAGACAUUAACUUGGGUUACGUUUUUGCAGUAAGUUUGAGCAAGGACAAUUAUAAACAAAAUACCUAUAAAUAAUAUUAGGAAUAUGAACUUAACCUUUAUAAACAUUUCUUUGCUUCCAGUAGCAAAACACACUUGUUUUAUAACUUUUUUACAAUUGAUUUAUUAGGUUUGGUUUUCGAAUAAAUGACCUUUGGU